GCUUUGGUCUAAUGCUUGUGUUUAGCUUUCAGGUGCUGCUGUCUAAUGUAAAGUCUACUGAGAGCCUUAUUGUCAAGAGACUAUCAGAUAUGAGUGGACAUGCACUAUGAGGUUCACAUCCGAUAAAAGUCCAUCAAAAAGAGAGAAGAUGAAAGGCAGGACGAAAUUGAAGGAGAAAAAGAAAGCAAAUUUCUUCUGAAAGACCAAAGGCAAAAGGUGUCAUGAAUACGACAUAAAUGCUGGCAAAAUAGAAUUUAUCUUUCAACUUUCUUGACCAGCUUUGAAAGCAACGACUCUUUUAAUUAUACAUUGCCAAUUGUAUGAUCCACCUUUAAUAAUUCUAUCUCUUCCCACUUUUGAUGAUCCCUCAUUUUUUCACCAUUCAUUUUCUUUAGUAGCUAUUAGAAGAUAGAUAUGAAAACGGAGAUGGAAGAAGAAAAUCAAGUGGAUCGAGAAGAACAACAGUAUCAUCAUUGGCAAGUGAAAUCCCCAGAAAUUGUGGAGAUUCCAGACGAAAGCAAGAGCAUCCUGAGCAGCAGAAAUGGACAAACAAAUGAUGUUUAUGUUGCUGUUGGCAAAGAUGACUUGCAUGUGGUUCAAUGGGUGCUUGAUAAUGCUGUUUCCCCAGGAACUAGACUCUUUCUUGUGCAUGUCUUCCCUCCUAUUACCUAUAUCAAUACACCAGUUGGAAGGCUUUCAAGAAGCCAAUUGAGCCAAGAUCAGUUAAGAGUCUAUCUGAAUGAAGACCAAAACAGGAGGAAGUAUCUUUUGGAGAAGUACAUUCGCAUGUGUAAUGAUGCCAAAGUUCCGGUGGACACAAUGCUCUUGGAGAGCAAUGCAACUGCAAAAGCAAUCCUAGGCCUAAUUCCAGUCGUCAACAUUACCAAUCUAGUCAUGGGGACUAAAAGGUCUCCUUUUACAAGGCAGCUGAUGAAAGGGCAAGGAAAAGGAGAAUAUGUUCAAAAGAAUGCACCAGAAUGCUGUGAGGUAACCAUUGUUUACAAUGGCAGAAGAAUCAUAAAUGGCCAGCUGCAUCCACCAGAGAGUAUUCCUUCCAAUCUGGUGUCAGGUGAUCAAAGGCCAGAAACAACUCAUAACUCUGAAAGGAACUUCUUCGACUGUAUUUGCUUUUCAGGAAAGUUCGACUGAAAGUUGAUCUCUAUGGAGUUGUUUUCUUGCAGGGUAUCAAGAAAAUUAAGCCUUGAUUAUAGCAAUGCUACGCUUUUAGACCGAGACUCUAUAGAGGAUGUGGAAUUGCGAUUUGUAGAUAGAAAUUAUCUUGUUCCCUCAAAUGAUAAAUUGAUAUGGUGAAAAUGUUGAAGGUGUUCUCUUUUCACUA